AGUGACGCUAAGCAGAGCUGUUUUGAGAAGAUGGAAAUGGCGAUGAGAGCGACGGAGGACAUCGCCAUCGGCGAAGACGUCACGCCGCCGCUCGCUCCUCUCUCCCUCGCCCUCUACGACUCCUUCCUCCCCUCGCACUGCGCCGCCUGCUUUUGCUCUCUCUCUCCUUCUCCAUCUCCACUCGCCGAUCCCUCCCAUUCCUUCCUCUACUGCUCCUCUCGCUGCUCUUACUCCGCCUCCUCCCCCCGCCUCUCCUCCACCGAGGAGCUCCUCCUCCGCUCCCCCUCCACCGCAGCCUCCGGCGACACCUCCGACCUCCGCGCAGCCCUCCGCCUCCUCGCCCAAGGCCUCGACGCCUCGAGCUGGAGGAUAGGCGGCCUUCUGACGAACCGCGAGAAGCUGAUGUCCCGCGAGAACUCCCGCGACGGCGAGGUUGUGGAGAGGAUCCGGAGCGGUGCCAGGGCCCUGGCGGCGGCGAGGAGGAGGCUGGGCCUAGGCGGCGGGGAUGUUGAGGGCGACGCCAUUUUGGAGGAGGCGGCGCUGUGCGCGACGAUUACGAACGCCGUGGAGGUCCAGGAUGUCGACGGUCGCGGGCUAGGGAUUGCUGUGUAUGGUACGGACUUCUCGUGGAUCAAUCACAGUUGCUCUGCCAAUGCCUGUUAUCGGUUUCAGUUUAGUGGACCGGAGAUUAGUGCUCUGGCUCCGGACGAAUCGAGGCUUCGCAUUGUUCCUUAUGGCGGUCGAGCGCAAGUGGACAGUGUUGCUUGCAUACAUGCUGAAGUUGGGAAUGAUUAUGCAGAUUACGGGCCGAAAAUAAUAGUUCGUAGCAUCAAGGCAGUUAAGAAAGGGGAGGAGGUGAGUGUCGCAUACACUGACUUAUUGCAGCCUAAGGCAGCUAGGCAGUUUGAGCUACAGUCCAAGUAUCAGUUUAACUGUUCCUGUAUAAGAUGUGAUGCAGAACCUUUAGGAUAUGUGGAUUAUGCUUUGCAGGAUUUCCGUGCUGCCUAUGGCUAUGUCAGUGAAGAUAGUGCCAACUGCAGCAUCUAUAGGGAUGAGGCUGCCAGAAGGUUGAGUGAAUCAAUGGAUGAUGUUAUAUCUGAAUAUCUAUCAGAUAGUGAUCCAAAGUCUUGCUGCGAGAAGCUCGAGAGUUUGCUUACAGACAGGGUCCUUGAUGAGGACUUUGCAUCGAAGGCUGGACUCAAGCAAAAGUUUCUUCUGCAACCCUUGCACCAUCUCUCCUUGAAUGCCUACAUGACAUUGGCUUCCGCUUAUAGCAUCCGUUCAAGUCAAUUAGUUGCUCCACAGAUACAAGCAGGUGCUCUUGUAUCAGAAACUUUGAAGUUGAGCAGAAUCAGUGGAGCAUACUCGCUGCUUCUUGCAGGAGCAGUCCAUCAUCUGUUCCGCUCUGAAUCUUCUCUAAUGGCAUCUGCAGCAACCUUUUGGGUAACUGCAGGAGAGUCCUUGUUGUCUAUUUCCAGAAACGCGGCGUGGAGCAUAUUUUCAGAAAAACCGCAGACUGCUGCACGUUCAUCAGUUCCCAAGCCCCCGUCCUGCAGGUGCUCCUUGAUGAAAGAAGUUAAGCUCAUGGUAGUCGUUUCUUGCAAGCAGUAAAAGAUCCUGUUGAUUUUGGGUGGCUCAGGACAGUUGAAAUCUUCAAGGAAUACAAUUUUGGAGCCCAUUUAGAUGGCACUGGUUUAGAUUCUCAUUGUGAGAGAGACCAAAUUGCUUCUACAUAUAAAUUGCAU